CUCGCUUGUCACAGCUGAGUAACGUUUACUUUGCUAUAAGCAAACGGUACACGAUCGUACGGCGAACCUGAUGUUCUAGUACCCGUAAAAAUGAGAUUGACUGACCUUGGACACACCCUUCAACUCCCACAGUUCGUGUUGGUUGUACGAAGUGGACAGCAUUUAUGUAUUUACUUGGCCUUGGUGCCAGCACUGGACGAUAGGUAAAAAUUUUGACCCAGUUUUCGACCGCUCAUAUGCGACAGGUAAAUUUUUAGAACAAUUUUCUCUGGUAUAAAAGGAACGGAAGGCACACAGGUUGUUACAUAUUCGUUCCAUAGUGGAAAAGCCUCAUAUCGUCUAUAAUACCAUGAAAACUUUGGUGGCUAUCGCUUUCUUCGCCCUCGUGGCUACCGCCAUGGCUGGCUACCUUGCUGGUCCCGUAGGCUAUGGUCAUUAUGGAGGUUACGGGUACGGUUAUCCUGUUGGUCGUCGUUUCAACUAUGCUACUACGAUUAACCAUGGUCACGGUUAUGGUCUUGGCCACGGCUAUGGCGGUUAUGGUCUUGGACUCGGCUAUGGCGGUUAUGGUCUUGGACUCGGUCAUGGCGGUUAUGGUCUUGGACACGGCUACGGUGGUUAUGGUCUUGGAUAUGGCUAUGGUCUUGGCUACGGUGGCUAUGGCUAUAAACACUGACUUAUCCAAAGCUAACGGGAACGACAAUAUAGAAAAACACUGACUGGGUGAUGAUGACACGUGACGAGAUGAGGGGAUGAAAAGUCUAUUGUCUUUCUGUGUAUUAUAAAAUUAAAACUGAUUUAUUUGUGUACUAUAAUAUAUUCAAUAAACUGAUA